AUGGAUACUGGAGAUUUAAAUUUACCUGCAUAUAAAUAUCAACUUGAACAAGUAGAAAUAGCAUUGAAAGCAAAACCAGAUGAUCCUGAAUUACUCAAACUUAAAGUUGAUCUUGAAGAAGUUAUACAAAUAACAGCUGAAUUACUUGGUUGUGAUCCAUCCAUUUUAAAUUCAGAUGAAACAGGAGCAUCAUCAACAACAAAUUAUGAAGCAGCAUCAUCGAGUUAUGCAUCAACAUCACAAGCAAACAAUCCAGCAUCGACAUCAACAGCUCGUACAGCUAUUAAAUGGAAAACAGGUGAUCGAUGUUUAGCACCAUGGAAUGAAGAUGGAAAGUACUAUGAAUGUACAAUUGAUGAUGUACUUGAUGAUGGUACAUGUACAAUUGUUUUUGAUGGAUUUGAAUCAGCACCAUUAACUGUUGUUCGAGUAUCAAAAUUAAAACCAUUCGAUCGAACACGUUCUGGUUUAAGUGGAAUAAAAUCAGCUGCUAAUCGAGCUAAGACAAAACGAGAAUUGGAACAACGUUUACGUGAACUUAAACGUCGAAAGAAAGAUAAGAAAGUUGCUAAAUUAAAAGAAUUCGAAGAAGAACGUGAAAAAGAUAAAAAACGUUGGACAGAUUUUAAUUCAAAAUUAACUAGUCGAACAUGGAAAGGUGUUGUAUCAAAAUCGAUGGUUAAAACUGAUAAAAAAAACGAGCAAUUACGUGGUACAACAAAUGGCUAUUUAGUUUCACAUUAUAAACCAGCUCAACCACGUCCUUAA